UUGUAGCUGUGAAAAUUUCCAAGAAAAAAUGUUAUUUGACAUUUUCUCGUGGAGGCAUCCGUUACUGAGAUAAUUCAAGGUUCAACGAAAUGUCAAACAUGGAAUUGUCACCUUCAGCCGAUGUUUUUUAAUAUAGAAUUAAAUUGUGAUAGAACUAUGAUGAUGGUUACCCUCGCACUUGCAAUAAACUCACACCUGAUGAGAGCUGUUGUUAAACUAGCUGUCAACUUUCCCAGUGAUCUGGCUGUUCACGUAGAAAGCAGCACAGUGAGUUGAAGCUCAUCGUUAAUGAAUAUAAAAAAAAUCGGAGAACAAAAGCUUUCUUUACGGCUGUGUCAUGAACACUCUCCACAAAUCAUCGAUGUCGUGGAGAGAAUUAUUUAUACUUGAGGGAUAAACCAGUCGAUGUUAACUAACUUCCACUGAGGAUAGGAAGACUGAAUACAGCCAUCAACCUUGAAAAUAUACCUCACUCAGACAUUAUUAAUAGUUUAAACGACGAAGACCACGAAAACUUACCGCCCACUUGGGAUUUUCAAACGGUUGGGAGGGACUAAGUGGCUGGGAGAAACUGGUGGAUUAAUUUUUUUAAUAAUGUUCUAGUUACUCGUAAUUUUUUGUUGAACCAUUUUCGCGAUUUUCAAAAUUAGCAAACGGGAAGAUCAUUUUCUAGUCGUUUUUUUCAAAAUUAAUUCAGUAGAGAAGGAGUGAAACCUAAUAAGUUGACAUUAUUGAUCUCGGGAAUGAGAAAUUCUAGGGAAAAAUCUCGACAAAAAUCCCCUAAACUCCCCCUGUCCCAAGAAAAAUCAGCCAUAAACAAAAAUGUCAAAAUGUACCGAUCCCAGUUCUCCAUUUCUCUAAUGAAUCACAUUGUUCAACUCACGAAAUAAUUCAUAAACCUUUGAAUUUCCAUUGCCGGUCCCAAGGAAAUCUCUGACGUGUGAACAUCAGCUGACGUCUCCCAAAUCAACGAGAAAAAUUGAAACGAUUAAAAUUUACGUAAUCAACUUCAAGGAGAAGCUACUGGAUUGAUUUCAUUAAUAAUAUCUUAUAUUCAUUCGUAGCUUUUUGUAGAACGAUUGUCGCGAUUUUUCGUGGGGUUUUUCUCAAUUAGUCAAUCUCAAGUACUUUACAAACACGAAAAAUAUUUUCCAGUCCUUUCUUUCAAAAUUUAUUCAGCAGAGAAGUGGUGAAACGUAACAAGUUGAUGUUGUUGAUUUGGAGAACGAGAGAUUCUGUGGAAAAAUCCCCUAAAAUCCUAAAAUAAAUCAGUAAUAAACAGAAAUGUCAAAAUGUACCGAUCCCAUUUCCCUAAUGAAUCCCAUGUUUCAACUCACGAAAUAAUUCGUAAACCUUCGAAUUUCCAUUCCUCGUUUCAAUGGACUCGAUGACAUGUGAACAUCAGCUGACGUCUCCCAAACCAACGAGAAAAAUUAAAACGAUUAAAAUUUACGUAAUCAUCCUCAGUGUCACCAUUCUUUAUCCAUUUCCCCCCUCAUCAUCAUCGCCUCUCUCUCUGUCUCUCUCUCAAUCUCUCAAUAUUUCCACCACCCCUGAUACCUUCCCCAACCUGUAUAACCCAUCUCACUUGGCCCACAGAAUCAACUGAGGACGCAUUAUUUCGUUGGUUAUACGUGGACUAGCUUGCACAGUCUCCUCUGAAAAUUUAUUUUUAGUAUAACAUCCCAACAGUAUUUGGCGCGGUGAAACAGUUUAGCCCCCGUCCUCGUCUACCACUUCUGAAUCGCCGUGUCUUGCGUCGUUUGUCGUCUUCGAGGUGGACAUCACUCGAUCGACGUGCGUUAGCGAUAAAACACCUUUCUAAAAAACCCCAAGUGAUACAAAAAAAAACAAUGUUGAUAAAAUAACGAAAACGGGAGGCUGGACCUCGCGACUAUAAAAAUUUCCACCUGAAGAAAAGUGCUAAACCCCAAAGAAUCGAACAUAAAACCUAGAAAUCUCGAGACCUUGACGGCAAACCCAAACCAAACCCCAAGAGUAAAGAAAAAAUUCCAAGCCCUCGUGAAUAAAUCCAACUUUAACUCGACGGUCACUACUCAAUCGUCAAGAUCUUGCUCAACCAUAAGAAAAAUGUUCGCGUUUACACCUCGGGAGAAUUCAUCGUCCUCCCGUCAGCCUUCGACCUCUCGUCGUAACCGCUACACCCGCUCAUCGACAGCAAGUGUCACCCAGCUGUUAAGUGACUCGUGUUCAAACCUCCUCCAGCGAUUGACCACUCGAGUUCGCGGGCCCUCGACCACUGUAGACAGACAAUCAACAGUGGCUCGUUCUCCAGUUCGUCCCACACGUGACCUUGGCACAACUAGAAGUCGUCUAGAAGACAAGUACCAAUCGAUAUUGGAUCGUUACUCCAAGAGGAAGGACGGUGACACUGUGAACAAUAAUUACAAGCGUAGUAACACUAGGAAUAAUAACGAAGUGUACGUGAAGGACGAGUUGAGUCCCUUUACGAGGGAGGAGAAGACCCUGGAGCCCGAGCCCAAGCCGAGGAGCGUUGUUCUGACUGAGAAAGCUUAUCCUUACGUAAGCACAAGUGGAGUUAAACGGGAGAAGACACCAGGCUAUCACAGACACGACAGAUCCAAUCACUUGACGACGGAGUCUAUCAAGAGAUAUGGUAGACACAAGUCCGGACAGACUGAGAACAGAAGCAGAAAGGUUAGACCGCUUCAUAGAUCUGGCAAGAGUGAGCAGCUGGAGGGGACCUUUGGUCGGCCAAAGCGGAGGGAAUCCGAGGAUUGCAAUGGGGAUUCCGACAGAACACCUACCCAGAGGAUUCCGGACACCAUCGAGGACGAGGCCAUCACCGAGAGGGAAGCCAAACGUAAGGAGAUUCAGGGACUCAUCAUGAAGUAUUCGGCCAUUGAUGAGGCUUAUGGCAAGGUCGGGGGCGCCAAUGGCGAGGCUAAACCCAGUGCUGCUGAUAUAAUUGCCAGCAAGUAUCAGAAGAAAGGAAAGGGAUUGUGUUCGGUGGCUGAUGGGAAAUUUAAUGAGGGGAUGAUCAGCCCACGACAACCAUCCGUCGAGGACGACGAGGACGGCCACCUUGUAUACCAAAAUGGCGACGUCCUGGCAAAUAGAUAUAAAGUACUGGCAACCCUGGGCGAAGGUACUUUUGGAAAAGUUGUCAAGGUUAAGGAUAUGCAAAUGGAUCACACUAUGGCCUUGAAGAUCAUCAAGAAUGUUGAGAAGUACAGGGAAGCUGCUAAGUUGGAGAUUAAUGCACUUGAAAAAAUUGCAACGAAGGAUCCAGACUGUCAACAUCUCUGCGUGAAAAUGUUGGACUGGUUCAAUUACCACGGACACAUGUGCAUCGCCUUCGAGAUGCUGGGACUCAGUGUGUUCGAUUUUCUGAGAGACAACAGUUAUCAGCCCUACCCCCUCGACCACGUACGACACAUGGGGUAUCAGCUGUGCUACGCUGUGAAAUUCCUCCACGACAGCAAACUCACCCACACUGAUCUCAAACCUGAAAAUAUCCUGUUCGUCGACUCAGAUUUUGACAUCACAUACAACGCCAAAAAGCGUCUUCUGUUCAAGCGACGGGAUGUUCGACGCGUUAAGCGAACGGACAUACGUCUGAUAGAUUUUGGCAGUGCGACAUUCGAUCAUGAGCAUCACAGCACCAUCGUCAGUACACGACACUACAGAGCACCCGAAGUUAUUCUCGAACUUGGAUGGUCCCAGCCGUGUGAUGUGUGGUCCAUUGGCUGCAUACUCUUUGAAUUGUACCUGGGAAUAACGUUGUUCCAAACACACGAUAAUCGUGAACAUCUUGCUAUGAUGGAGCGCAUACUUGGCACUAUUCCACAUCGUAUGGCACGUAAAACAAAGACAAAGUACUUUUAUCAUGGCAAAUUGGAUUGGAAUGAUAAUAGUUCUGCUGGGAGAUACGUUAGGGAUAAUUGUAAACCAUUGCACCGCUAUUUGCUCUGUGAGGACGAGGAGCACAGACAACUAUUCGACUUGAUCCAACACAUGUUGGAUUACGAGCCCUCCCAACGAAUAACCCUGAAGGAUGCUCUCUCCCACCCUUUUUUCGACUCACUCCCAGCCUCCCAGAGAAUAACAGACGCACGAGCUGGUGGUGAUUCCCAAACGACACACGAGAGAUCCCAUUCGUUGUCUCGAUGAAGCUAGAAGUGGGACCAAUCCCUUGACUGGUCAGACACAAAACUCAAACAAUUAUUCAAUGCACUCUGUGAAAAAUUAAUAUUUUACCUUCGACGAUACUUCUGAUACCUCAGUCCCCUCGUUCAAAUCAAUUUUUAUUAUUUAAAUUAACGUACGUCGAGGGUUAACUCGAGAAAAAUGUAAUCAACGUGUCUGCUCAGUUGAAAGCGACUGCGUCCCAUCCCUCAAUCAGUUUAUUUUUCCUUCAACUCUAUCAUUUGCGAUUGUAAUUACACAUUUUAUAAUGCUCUUCUGUACAUUGUAUCCUAUUUUAUUAAUAACAAUUCAAGAGAGAAACGAAUGGAGGAGAUAAUUGUAAAGGUGGAAUACAGAUGGAGAUUUUUUUUUUAGAAACUUUGAGCGAUUGAUAUUAAAAAUCUUUUCUCUUUUCUUUUGUAAAUUGUUGACAAUGGUGAUGAGAUCUACGUGAUUUCAAGGAGCUAAAUGAUGAACAGAUAAACGACAUAAUGAGGUGUGAGUGAGUGAGUGGAGGUAUGACUGAUUUUUCAGAUUAUGAAAAUUAUGAUGCGUGAUGAGGCAUCAAUUCUUCGCUUAAUAAAGUAAAUCAUGAUUUAA